AUGCCACUAAAGUGGGUUCUGGUCUGGAUCCAUCGGACCGUCUGUGCGCGCGUUAAUGUUUUGCUUUCGCCCGACUUUCACUCUCUUAGGACGUUGCACACGACCGGACCGCAAUAUACGGCCGCGGCGGCUCAUGGCUCAGUGGUGGGCGGACCGGUGUCCAUUAGCGAGGUCGCGGUCCAGCGCUCGAGGGGCGACGGUUACGCGACAUACAUGAGAGGGUCCACUGCAUCUACAGCCUCGACAUCGGAGCUCACACCGCGACUUGGACGGCGUGCCAGUUUUAUGUUCGAGCGAGAUAUGGUGAGCGGUGAUGGCUUAAUUAAUGUACGCAGCACCGAUACCCCACAUUACGUCCCGUAC